AUGGGCUUUAACCCUUCCCUGUCCUUUGGGCCAAAAAUAACCCGGGCUUUGAAUAAAUCCGGCAAAACAACCCCAAAAUAUAUAAAAAGCGGUAGCUUUGCUCUUUCGAUUCCAGUUAAAGUUAUCGAAAUUUUCGCCAGUCUUCCGGGGCAAGGCCCAAAUUUCGGUAUUUUAAGGCAUUGUUAUUGGAUGUACCAAACCAAAUCGCACCACGGCAUGCUUCGGAUUUCUUUAUUGGAAGGGUUUCCUAAAAGGGAUCGGAUCCUUUCCCGGUAA